AUGGCGGACGCGUAACCGGAUACAACGGAGAAGCUGCGGCGUCGUUUUCCGUAAGCUCGUGAAUCUCUUGUUACCUAGCAACCAGUUUGUUUUCAGUGUGAGAGAAGAAGGUGAAGGCUGCGUCCGAGUCAGAAAUGUUUCAGGUGGAGUUGCCUCGCGAACGAAAAGCCAGAGAGAGCGUGGAGCGGCGCCGGAACUACGAGGCGGACAGGCGGGAGAGGAUUUUUAAUGAUAAAUUCAGGACUAUUGGGGUGGAUAAAGAAGCUUUAGAUCUGCAGGUGAUAGAGAAGCUGAGAAGAAAAGCAGAAUUAAAAAAUCAAGAAGACGCUCACGAUGCUGAUGUGCAGCAGUACAACCGAGCAGCGUGCCUCCUCCAGAGGCGGCAGGAGAAGGCGGACCGCUCGGCGCACCAGGCCCGAGCCGCGUUCUGGCACCAGAACCAGAAUCUUCAGAGCCGCCGCGACUUCGACCUCAACGACCCGGACGCCCUGAAGAAAACCGAGUCCCAGAUGGUUCUGCCGGGCCUGUUGGGCGAGGACCCGGAGGCCGGCAGCCGGCAGCAGAGGCAGCAGGAGCAGCUGAGGGACUGGCUGCUGCAGCAGAAGAACGAGCUGCAGCAGAAACGGCUGCAGAUGAAGAUCGACGCGCUGCUCGACGACCAGAACAGAGAGGAAAUGGGCCGCAGAGCGAUGGAGCUCCAGAACCUGGAGAUGGCGAAGAGAAAAGCCGACCUCAUCAACGACGCAAACUACAACGUAGCAAAGCUUGAGGAGAAAAUGAACCGGGAACGGGAGCAGCGUGAGGACGUCGCUCUGAGCGCCCUGAGCAUCCCCGCCCUCUAUCCCGGCGCCAACAGGAAGGAUCCUGCAGAGACGCAGCAGCAGGUCACCCAGUUCCAGCUGCGGCAGGUUCUGGAGAAGAAGAGGCUGGAGAUGGAGAGGAAGCAGAGGGAGGAGAACCAGAACCGGCUCCUGCUGGACUCGGCCCGCAGCGCCCUGCUGCUGGAGCGGCUGCAGGAGAAGCAGAACAAGCAGCUGAGGAAACACCUGGACAGCGUCAACGCUCAGCUGGCCCAGAUCCGGCUGCAGGAGACGCCAGACCUGAAGAGGGGGCGGAUCGACGACGUCUUCUUCACCCAGUUCAACACCUGCAGCAGAUGACGCAGGAUGACAUCACAGCACCGCGCGACGAUCAAACAUUAAACUCAAAUAAACUGUUUCCAAUUUAUUUUCACACAAGAACACUCCACAAAAUGUUUAGAUCAACUUUACUGCUUUGCAAUUAAAUAAUUCAACUAUUCAACAAAAUCAGCAACAAAAGAAAUUUUUUCUUGCUAAAUUACAGAUGGGAUCUCAACAGCAAAGAUACUUAUAGUUUUUAAUUUGUUCUUCAAACAUCAGAGUGGAGAAAAGUUCUAUUCUAGUCAUUCAGCUUUCCAGAGUUUCUCUGAUCAUUCAUGCAGCGUCUUUAGAAAACCUAGCAUAACGUCUCUGACACUCCAACUGCUUUUAGCACAACAAUAAUCACGACCAGAAAAACCCUUAAUACUAAAGUGGUUGAAGGAAAAAUCAUCAGCAGUGUCAGUGUAGGCCUGUCACAGCAACCAGUCAGUAAACAGCUUGAUAAAUUAAAAUGAGCUUCUUCUGUUGGACAAGAAUCAUUAAAGAUGUGCUGCAUCUGACUCCCAGUACAACGUCCAUUUUUUCUUUUUACAAAAGUGUUUCCUGCCACUUUUGCCUGUUUUCCCUGUCCCUGUCAAAUUCAUUAACAUUUUUAUUUAGUUUUUAAACUUUUACUUUACCAAUAUAAAAACCCGCUGAGAUUUAAAACCUAUUUUUAAAGGAGAAGCAGAUCUGACACAAAAUGGUUAAAUGAUUCAUUUUUCAAACCCAAUUUGGGCUACAGACAUAAUUCAUUUUAAUUAUUUCCUUAUUUUUGAUAUUUAAAAGUUCCAGUGUUAAAUGUUCUUCAGAAAUUUUACUUUUUCUUACAUUUGAGAGGAUGUACUUGCAUUAAUAUGCCAUUAUUACUAUAAUAGUUGAAAUGGUUUCAAAAUGACAAUAUUAUCGUUUAUUUCUUUUAAUUAACUGGAAAAUUAGUUUUUGUGACAGACCUAAUUAAUCAUCAGAAUAAUUGUUUAAUCGACAACUAAAAUAAUCAUUAGCUGCAGCAAUAGUGCCGGUCCAGGGAUCAGAUAAUCAAUAGUUUCACAUUUUCUAUUGAAAAUAAUCAAUAUUUCCCCUGAUUUAAAUGAAGCAGCAGCUGUUUGGGUUUAUUUCUGUAAA